AACCACUCGCGCACACCAGUACAGCGCCGAAGUCGCUUGCAGCUGCCUGUCCCAUAAAGUUCCACGCAACCGUCGUCAAGCAGGCGAAAUGCUGCGACGCGCUCAGGCCCCUGCGGUCCCCGCUGCCGACUGUUCACGCGAGCCUGCAGAAGUGAGCAAGCAACCGCGCGGACGCCGGGUCUCACGCUCGCCUUCACUUUCGAGCGCCAGCUCCGAUGUCGAGCCGGGCUCUCCCUGCCCGGUGGCACAGCCGCAGCCCAUUCAGCCGCGCCAAUCUGUCGUUAUUGACCAUCCGGGCGCCACGCGCGUGCUGCAGAAGCCCGACGGCACCAUCGUGUUCGAGGCCGCGGAGAGUGACGGCGGCGCGGCCGGCGGCGGCGCCGCCCACGGCUCCUGCCGUGUGGGUCACCCCGGCGCCCACCUGGUCCGCGACCUGGCGGCGGCGGGCGGCGUACUGCUGAUGGCGGGCGCCUCCGCCGCCGGCCUCAUCGCGGCACGCGAGCACUCCGCGGCAGCCGCCGCGGGCAGCUACUGCCUGACCACCAAGCAGCUGUCGGGGGUGGUGGCGCAUGCCGUGAGCGCCUACGUGGCGGGCACGGCUACAGGCCUGGUUGUGGGGCCGCUGCUGGCGGCCCGCGCGGUUGCGGGCGUGCUGCUGCGGCCGGCCCUGGUCGGGCUGGUGGUCGCCACCGGCAUCCGCAAGCUGGGCAGCUGGCGCUGCGGUGUUUCCGGCCUGAUCCGCAAGCUGGCCAGCGCCGACCCCGGCAAGGUCAUGGAGGCGCUGCGGGCCAUCAUUGCGGCGGCCAAGAGGGGCAGUCCCCGCUUCGCGCGCGAGUUCAACAGGCUGAAGGGCAUGGAGGCUCUGCUGCAGCGGCUGUCGCUGGCGCUGCCCGACUGCGCCCUGCUGCACAUGAUCGCGCAGGCGCUGGCGGAGCUGUGCAAGGACCAGGAGUGCCGGGACUCGCUGGUGGCUGCGGGCGGCGUGCCGCGGCUGGUGGGCCUGCUGCAGCACCCCGACCCCGCCGUGUCGGGCUGCGGGCUGGCGGCGCUCAGCCGCCUGGCCGACCACAGCCUGGCCGUGGAGGCCAUACGCGAGGCGGGCGGCCUGACUCGCCUGGUGGAGCUCACCGCCGCCGCCUCGGACGCAGUGGUGCAGCACUCCGCCGCCGCCGCACUGGCGGCCGCCGGCGCCGCGCCGCCGCCGCCGCAGGCGGCGGCCGCGGCGGCGCCCGUUGGCGCCACCGCCACCUUCAGCGGCGGCCCCGGCUCCGUCUCCCCCGCCGCCUCCGUGGCGGGCGGUGCCGCCGGCAGUAGCAGCAACAGCAGCAACGGCUCCGCCGCCAGCAGCAUGGUGCCGGCUGCUGCUACUGCUACUGCCGGCGGGUACGACCGGCGGGCCAUGCUACUGCCGGCGGUGAAGCUGCUGCAGGCGCUGAGCCUGGACCCGGCCAGCAAGGCGGCCAUUGGCGCGGCGGGCGGUGUGUCCAUCCUGCUGGACGUGGUCGCCCGCAGCGCCCCCCGCAGUGAGGCGCAGGGCGAGGCCAUCGGCGCCCUGCACAACAGCCUGCGCGGCUGCCCCGACAACCAGCGGCUGCUGGCCUCGCUGCCGGCCGCGUCCGAGGUGCUGCGAGCGGCGCUGGCGGGCUACGGCCCCUGCUGGGCGCCCGCCAAGGCCGACCUGCACGCGCUGCUCAACGUGCUGGCGCGCCUGCAGGGCGUGCAGGAGGCGGGCGGCUUCGUGGUGGUGCAGAGCCAGGUGGCGGCGGCGGCGGCCAAGGCGGCGGAGGCGGCGACGGCAGGCGCGAGCGGUGCGGCGGUGCCCGCCACGCCGGUGCCCGUCGCGGCCAAGUAAGGGCCCGCAGUCGUACGGUGACGCCGCAGGCAACAGGCGGCAUCUCACGUCUGAGGCGCGCUUCCGAGCCGCACAGAGUAUGUAUCAUAAGGUGUGUGGGAAGACGGGUUAAGGGCUUCUGCCGGCGCACACGCACGUAGCAUUCCUAGCACUUGACUGGGAGAGAGUCAGAGAAGAGACCACAAGCGCGGGGCUCGCCUAAAUGGGGUGCAAGAUUCGGCAAGCGUCCGAACUUGAUGCAGGGUGCGAGGAUGUUGCGUGCGGCAUGUCGGCUUGUACUGUUAUUUUUGUAUCAUUCACGCUUUGAAGGGUUGGAGGGCAGGGGAGUCGGUGCUUGAGACUGGCGCGAAGAAUACGCCACGGCUGGGGUAGUGUUGAACAGGUUCAGGCGGAGAAGGCACACUCGGCUGUGACGCUCAAGCAUCUUUGCUCGCAAGUGGUUGAGGCGGGCAUGUGCUGAUACGGGCGUGCCACUGCCACCACCGCCACUACUGCCAGCAUGCGUCUGCCUUCCUCUGUGUGCGGGAGGCUGUGCGUGUGUGUGGGCGUGUGGGCCGUGUGUGUGGGCGUGUGGGCCGUGUGUGUGUGACAUGAAUCACAUGUUGGUUGGUUAGAAUGGGCUCGGACGCCCCGCGUGGUGGGGCCCCCGUCCGGCUUCGGGCCAGGAAAUGGAUUUGAACUCGUGGCAGCGCACAUCGUACCACUGGCACCCUUGCGCCUUGCCGUACCUGCGCAAGCGCGCGGCUGCUACGGCCCCUCGUCAAUCGCGGGCGUGAGUACGAUUGCCGCCAAAGCUACACACAUACCAGUCUGGGCCGGUUGUUGCGCCCGCAUUGUAUUGUCUCGCGCUCUAUAUGUUUCUCACAGAUCCUGUGUGUGUCUAGGAAAACACAAGGGUAAAGCAUCUGUGUGUGUACGAGUAUGGACACUGUGUGGCACGUAUGUUGUUGAAGGGAGCGCUUUUGCCAGGGCUUGAUACCAGUUGUACAGUUACUGCAUGUGAGGCAGCGCAAUGGGAACCUGUACCAUACAGAGCCGGGGAGGCAAGAGUGGAGAUAUGAGCUUGCUGUGGUGCGGGUCAACGCCUCAAGGGGUACACGGAGCUGAGCACGCAGCUAUGGUGGAGGGCAGUGCGAGGAGAUGUGCAGGGGGAAGGCUGCAGCAGUCGGUGCCGAGGAGCGAGGGCAAGCAAGUUGAGGGCUGAGUCCACAAGUAUGCCCUGGGAGUAGGCGCCCAGAUCUCUGGCGCGUUGUGUGUAGGCGUACGUCCCGUGUGGGUGUGUGGCUGCUGUUGUCAACUGCACGGCCCAGGCGUUGCAGCCGGGCCAUUCUUGGACAGGGAUCGGUUGAGCAGGAAAGAAUGCAAGGCGGGGGAGUCGUGAGGAAUUGUGCGUCGACGCGGUGUGUGGGCGCAACAGGGGCUCGCACAUAGGCUCGCACGGGGCUGCUGCGGCCUGGAGGCGUGCUGCAUGGUGGCGCUGUGCCACGUGGGGUUGUCGUCUGUGUGGAGGCGUGGAGCUGGCCCGUGCCUGUCCUCUCCUGCACGGCUGGGGGUAGCGCAGACGGCGCUGCAGAUAGCUGCAGCUACUCAGCGGUGCUGCAAUGGUGACGACCUUCGUGGCAGCGGCGACCAGUUGUAACGGGCCGGUAGACGGA